AUGUUUGUGAACCUUCAAGCUCGCGACAUUGGAGUGCAGAGGAUACUGAAAGUCAUCGUUCGGACGGAUGCAAAGAUCUCCAUGUCAGGCACAUCUUCGUCGCCACACAACGAUGCCUCCGCCAGCGCGAUAACCGAACGCACAGUGAAGAGUAGUGCUACAACUUCUUCGCAAACAGACCUCAUAGGCUGUCCUCCAGAGCAUUACCAAGUCCUCCAGACAGCGAAACCUCCAGCUAGGUCGAACAAGAAGUACAUACGUAGGCGAAAGAACAAGAAGGAGAGCACACAUGAAAGAAAUCAAGAGAUAAGCGAACAAUCCAAGGCUCUGCAAGGAAACCAUAUACCGACCAUGGCCCCAGAUUCAGAUGUAGAUGAUAUGAGCUCGGAUGCAUCGACAAGGAUCAUAACGGAGGAGUACGACACCAGUACUCGCCCGCCUGUUUCCACACCGACAACAUCCUCGUUGACGUCCGCUUCACUAGCCGCCAAGCACACGUCUGUUGACUUUACGAGCCCUACUCACCCUUUGGCCUCGUUCACGAGCCAAGAAAUCCUCACCGAUCAUGACUUGGAAGAGGCGCAGAAAUACCUGACGGGUGAGCAGUGCAAGCUAGAGGAUAGAUUGAGACUGUGCAUGGAUUUGAGGAAGAAGAUCGAACAAAUCGAAGCGUAUGAUGAGCAAGACGGAGAUAACAUACAGGGGCCUGAUUUGGGAAAGGCCAGCUUGCUCCGCGAUAUAAGAAUCCUGCGAGCGAAAUGGAUAGCAGAUCUAUAG